AUGCAUGCUCCCUGCUCUUCUCUACGCCGCAUGGAGUCAACCCCACGCCACCGGUUUUCACGGCAUCAACAACAGCCCGAGUUCUCAGGCGCAAGGAUCUCGCAUGACUCAUCCAUCACCAACAAACAAGGGCGAGGCGGCGCGAUGGUCGAUUUCUGGGUUCACAUGAACCCCACGGCAGCGUUCAUCCCAGAUGAUGAACAUGAUGCUGCUAAGCCCCAGAUGUGUAAUUAUAGAUACCAGCUUGAGGAAGAAGUUAAAAAGUUGCAGCAGCAGUUGCAGGAAGAGACCCAUUUGCACUUAGCUCUAGCAAGUGCCGUCGAACACUGUGGUUCGUCUUCUCUGGGAAAGCUUCCGGAUAAGGCACAGGAGCUUUUAGAUAGCAUGGCUGUUCUCGAGAUUACUGUAUCAAAGCUCGAGCAGGAAUUUGUUUAUUUACAAUAUCAACUUAGUCAGGAGAGGAACGAGCGACAUCUUUCUGAGUACCAUUUGAAGCAUUUGCCGUGUCACUCAACAUCACUUUUUGAUACCUUUCUGGGUUACUUAACCGAACCAAUUGCCAGGAUUUGCAAUGAAGAGGAAGCAGAAGAAAACACGGAUGAUAUGCUUUUGCCAGAGGCUUUAGUAGAUAACAACUAUAUCGUGGAGAACCUUUGGAAUCACCCCAAUCAGCUAUCGGAAGAAAUGGUCCUGCGUUUGAGAGAUAUUUUCAUUUUCUUAGCAGAUUCAUCCAAGCUCUCUUCUUCGUCAGCGUCUUCUGCUUCACCUCACUGCCCCCUUGCCCAUUUUUUGGCAUCUUCCUUGGACUAUGUGAGCACCAUUUUCCAAUGGGUCUCAAGCCCAAACCCGACCCGGACAAAGACCCGACCCACCGACCGUUUCACCCAACCGAGGGCCACCCCUAUCUGUACCAACCAAAAGAAUAGUUACCCACGCGCUACCCUGCAUUAG